AGGAGCGAUAGCACUCGAACUCCUCCGCAGCAGCAACGGCAACUGUAACAAUAAGAGAGAAAACCCCAAACAUUAUAUAUAAAAACGAGGUGAAGAUGAGCGAUAGCGACUGGCGAGGUGAGCGUGACGCCCGCGCUGAUCGCUAUGGUGGCGACGCGCGCAGCGACGGCAACCCCGUCCGCGGCUACGGCUCCCCGGACGGAAGUGGCGGUGGUGGCGGACGCUACAAUCGGGCGCUACAGCGCCGCGACGGACACAACGACAGCCACGGCAGCCGUCGCCGCAGCACGUCACGCGAGCGCGACACCUCCACCGCUGCCGUCGACGGGAACAAAUUCUACGCCGAUGAUGGCAACUACCGUCCACAUCAGCGGCCGCGUUACGACGGCGGAUAUGGAAAUGCAUGGCAGCAGCAGCAGCAGCAGGCUUUUAUGGCGGGUGGUGACUUCGAUUACGCUGGCGGCAACGCGUAUGGUAUGCCGCAGAACAUGGGUUACAACAACGGAUAUCCAUUCUACGAUAUGAUGGCUCCUCAGCAGCAGCAGUUUGAUCCCAACAACAAUAAUAACAGUAGCAACCUUGGUGGAAUGAUGCCGUAUGGAAUGGCCGGCUUUAAUAUGAAUAUGAACAGCAACAACGGCAUGGAUACCUCGGACUUGCUGCAGUUCCUCCUUCAACAACAGCAGCAGCAACAACAACAGCAGCCGCAUUCGGACUCAAGUGGGCACCCUUUGCCGUUACCCGAUACCUUCCACGGAGUCAGCAACAACGAGGACCCCAACGCGGCAGCUCGCGUGCCGAACUCUGCGCCGGCUGCCGCGCGCGUGCUGCCGUCUGUCGACGAGUUCGUGCCGGUCGUGCCGAAGAGCUUACUCAGCCUUGUCCGUGGCGGCCCGUCGACGGCGUCGCCGGGGCCGGAGGGGGGGGACGGGAACGGCGCGAAUGCACGGAACGCCAACAAUAACAACGGCAGCGAUCCAGCUGGGUCGCCGGCGGGUACGUUGUCCGCAGGCGGUGGGGCGAUGGUGCUGCUGGAGGCGCCUAAAAUCGCCCCUGAGGUGGACCGCCGCGCACGCGAGCAGCGCCGGGCGCACAUCUCGGGCUUCCCCAUCAACACGACCCGCGACUCCCUCGAGCAUUACUUCCGCGUGCUGCUGCCCGAGGUGCGCCGGAUGAUGACGGAGCGGGAGAUACGGCAGCUGGCGGAGGAGACGGGGUUGAUUCAGGAGGAGGGCGAGGAGGCAGUGCGGCACAUCCCGCCCAACGCGAACCUGUCCAACAUUGACGAGAUACGCGAGCUGACGCUGAACCAGGGCCGGCGCACGCCGUUCAGCUUUAUGGAGCUGCGCCUGGCGGACAUGAUCGACGAGCUCGUCCGGCAGUGUGAAGCCGACCCGCAGCGGUUUCUCUUCACCGCCGCGGAUGGAAGUGUCUGGCCUCUUACCAUCCGCCGUCCCCGCGACACGCAGCCGCUGACGGGGGUGGAGGAGUCAAAAAUUGUGCUGGUCGGCAUUCCGGCUACCAUACCUGCGGACGCGGUGCGAGGUAUUUUUGAAAAUGCCGGGGAAGUGCUGUCUUUUGAGUUCAGUCACGGCUACGCGUACGGGGAGUUUGCGGAGCUGCGGGCCGCGACGGAGUUCCGCGCUGACGUGCACGGCUACGUCUUCGGCAACACGAUGGCGGUCGCGCUGCCCUUGCACGAUUGGUUAAAGGCGUUGCUCGUGCGGGAAGGGCUGGACAUCGCGAUCGCCGACGACGAUCCGGUCUCUGGCAGCUACGUGAUGAAACAAGUACGGGAGCGCAUGCCGGACACCACAUCGCUCAGCGGGGCAGCGAAUAGAAACGCUGCCGGUGGUGCGAUGGACGGCGGCGCAGCAGGGGCGAAGAGCACUGCGCUUGUGCUGGCGGAAGACCCCGCCGCAGCGUCGCUGCAAGUCAUGCGUGAGUUGCUGGACAUGUCCUUCUCCCUCCCCAACAUGCUCGCUCGCUUUGCCGCGCUGCACCCUCACCUUCGCCCCCUCUACGCAAACACGCAGGUCACCGUCUACCCCACGCCGGUCCUUGUGCUGCUGAACCUGUUCGACGAGGAGGAGCUGGUGCACGAUGCGGCCUACUCCCGUCUGCUGGCGGACAUUGAAGAGGAGGUGGAGAAUUUCGGCCGGGUGCGGCGGCUGAUCGUGCCGCGGCGGGAAGGGCGCCCGAAGCUGCCGGAGGCACCGAAGCCCGGCGAGGACUACGACGAGGACGACGCCGCCGCGAAGGAGGCCGCCAUCGCCGCGUACAAUGAGGCGAAGAAGAACUUUGGGGCGGUGCUGGGCCGCUACAUGAACCGGCAAACACACCCCGUGUGGGGCGGCUACGGGCGUGUGUUUGUCGAGUACGAGACGGUGGACGAGGCCGCCGAGGCGCAGCAGCAAAUCGCCGGAAAGCUGUUUGGAGGGCGCACGGUUAUCACCUCCUUUCUGUUCCCAGACCUGCUGAAAGAGGACGGAGAGGAGGAAGAGGAGGCGGAGGCGGAGGACAACGCAGCAGACGCAGAGGCGGAAGCAGAAGCACCUCCGAAAAAGGAGGAAAGCCAUCACAAUGACGGCGGUGAUGAUGACGAUGAUGCGUUGGCGGCGGCGGUGGACGCGGAUACGUCGGUGGCGCACCCGGAGAGCAACGUGGGAGGGGCGGAGGCGGGCGAGGAGGACGACGACGUUGCCGCGUCGGCCACCUCGGAGCAUGCGGAGGACAUCGACUAA